AUGGUCAAACGCAAAGUCGGUGCCCUUGAGAAGGUCGACGCGGAUCUACCCAACCUACAGAACAAAAUCAAACGGGAUCCGAAAUCCUACCACACCGAUUUUCUCUAUCAGUACAUCCAAUAUGACAAUCAACGGCAGAUUUUCAUGCAGGCCCCGACCUCUACUUCUGAUAAUGGAGUGCUAUCGUUUCGAGAUCUGAUCGAGUUCAUUGCGCAUGUGUCAGACUGCUAUAAAGAGGAAACAAAAGAUUUCCCACGGGAAUUGAUCGAGAUCCUGUCAGCGCACCAUGCGACACUGGAGCCGGAAUUGCGGGAGAAGAUUGUCGGCAGCCUGGUUCUGUUGAGGAAAAAGGAGAUCAUAGACUCCUCUAGGCUGCUGGAAUGCUUCUUCCCAAUCCUGACCCGCACACCUAGCAAGUCACUCCGUGCGUUGCUUUUCCAGAAAAUCCUCAGCGACCUGCGGUCUUCCAAUUCCAAGACAAUAAACCAUAAACUCAAUCGCAGUGUCCAGACUACGCUACAUAACCUGGUCACUGAAGAUCGCACCUCGCCCAAGGCAUUAUGGGCAGUGAAGAUUACGAGAGAAAUGUGGAAGCGACAGAUCUGGACCGAUUCCAAAGCGGUGGAAAUAAUGAAGGAAGCGGCCCUUGCCGAUAACGAGAAGUGUGUUGCUGGCGGGGUGAGAUUCUUCCUGGGUGGUGACAAAGAACGAGAAGAACUGGAGGAUGAAAGUUCAGACGAAGAGACAAUCGACAUGGGGAAGUUGAAGCACACGGUCGGAAUCAACAAGAAGAGCAGAAAGUCGGAACAGAAACUUGAAAAAGCUGCAGCCAGUGUUCGCCGAAAGGAGAAGAAAAAGAGUCAGCCACAUCCAUUGAACUUUUCCGCCCUACAUUUGUUACACGACCCUCAAGGCUUUGCAGAAAACCUAUUCUCGAAACAUCUACAGAACACCAAGUCCAAAUUGAACCUGGAACAGAAGUUGCUCGUACUACAGCUUGUGUCGAGGUUGAUUGGUCUCCAUAAGCUGACGGUCAUCAGCUUCUACUCCUACUUCCUGAAAUAUCUCACUCCACGACAACCCUCGGUGACCUCGUUUCUUGCAUCACUGGCACAGUCCACACAUAAUUUGGUCCCGCCGGAUAUUCUGGAGCCUUUGGUGCAGAAAAUUGCGAAUGAAUUUGUCUCGGAAGCGGCAGCUGGGGAAGUGGCCGCGGCGGGCCUCAACGCCAUUCGAGAAAUCUGUGUCCGGCAGCCACUCGCAAUGAAUGACACACUGCUUCAAGAUUUGGUUAUGUAUAGGAAAAGCAAGGACAAAGGUGUCAUGAUGGCUGCGAAAGGUCUGCUGGGUCUUUAUCGGCAGGUCGGAGCUGAAAUGCUCAAGAAACGCGAUCGUGGUAGAGAUGCCACUCUUGGUCUACGGUCUGGUGAGCAACAGCAAGCAAGAUUUGGAGAAGAAGCAGUCGGUGAGAUCGAGGGUCUCGAUCUUCUAGAGAAGUGGAAAAACGAGGAGAAGCAACGAAAACGGCUCGAAAAGGGUUUUCCCGCUGAUGCAUCUGAGGACGAUGACGAUGACGACGAAGAAGACUGGAAUGCAUGGGAUGUUCAGGAAGAAGAUAGCGACGAUUCUGGAGGCUGGAUUAAUGUUGAAAGUGAUGAGGAUAUCAACAUCAGUGACAGUGAAGAUGAGAAACCAUCAGCGAAAAAGGUUCGAAUUGAAGGUCCAAUUUCUGCGAGUGAUGAUAAAGAGAAUGAUGCUGGAGAAGAAGCAAAGGACGCGAAACCGAGCCUCGCGUCGACUCGCAUAUUGACGCCGGCCGAUCUCGCGAAGCUGCACGAACUACGCACUGCGGCCUCGGUAUCUUCACUGAUGAAGAAUCAUAAAUCGCACCAUGCGUCUCAAACACAACAAACGAAUUCGCAACGCCACAUGGAUGAUCCGCUGACAGCUGCGGAGAUUGAGGGUCUGGCCUCUCUGUCAAAGGGGAAGGCUACCCGUGCGCAAAAGCUAGAACUCCUUGCAGACCACCGAGCAGACCGGGAGGAGCACAAAUCCAAGGCGGCAAGGAAGAAGGAGCGCAAAGAGACGGAAGGCAAGAGCACGACGAACAAGGAGAAGGCACGUAAGAAGAACUUCCUGAUGACAUUGGGCAAAGCCAAAUCGAAGGGCAAGAGGAGUCUGGUUGAACACAAGAAGAUAUUGCGUGCUCAUGCAGAGAGGGGGAAGAAGGGAGGGAAGAGAGGCAACUACUGA